CACCAGUUCCAGCACCAGAGUCAUCAACGCUCACCUUCCGACAAUGUCAUGGCUGCACCAUCGUUACCGUCACCUUCCUCUCCAUCCUCCUUCUCCUCUUCUGCAGGCAACAGUCAGAGUAUAACAGGAUCCUAUACUCAGCAUGCCAUCAACAGUAGCAGCAGCAUUAGUGGUAGCGCACAAUCGUCCCCUCAUACUCCUCAAACCCCACUUUUCCGCUCCCAUCAUCACAUUUCAUCCUUACCUUCUCCUCCUUUGUCCUCUGUGGAGCCUCCCAGUUCAGUUUUCUUCCCAAGGUCACCAUCACAAGAACGAUGUGAAGCCCUUGAGGCAGAGAUCUCAACACUAAAGCUUCGUCUGAAGCGCUCUGAACAGUCAUCGAAGCGCAUGUCCCUCUUCCACCUCAACGCUCCAUCACAACCGCCACAGAGCAUCAUGGCCCAAUAUGAAUCAACUCUUUCACAAUUAGAGGACACUAAACGCGAGCUUGACGAUUUGGAGACUAUCGUGCAGGAUCAGGAAAGAAAGCUGGACGGGUUCUUGUCGGAGAGGGAGGCUUUGUCUUUGGAAAUGAAGGAGAACUUCAAGGAGAAUGCCGAGCUACAGAAAAGACUUCAGGAAACCACCGACAAAGUCGGACGUCUUCAACUAGAAAACCGCCAACUGAUUGAACAGGUACAAGAGCUUCGAACUAAGACUCCAGAAGCGCAGAACACAGUCACAGACACAAAUUGGAUAACAACAAAGCGCAUGUACCACAUUCUCGUCAAGGAUCGACAUCAUCCCCAAGCAAGCUCAGAUCCGAGCCCAAAAGAGGCAGAGGAAAGAGAGGCAGCUGCAGAAGAAGCCGAGAGAGAGGCUAUCCGGCUUCGCCGACAAAAGUCAAUCCAUUUGAAAGAAACUUUGGCAUCCUUGGAAGCUAAGGUCGAUCGGUCGGAAAGCGCUCGUGCGAUCCGAUUUUCGGACUCUGAGGAGCUAAAACAUUUGGAACAUUUGCGCCUUUUGAACGAACAACAAGAACAACAGCGACAGCAACAGCAACAGCAACAAAAGUCGUCAUGGGAGGGAAUUAACAUUUUCCAGAAUGCUGUUGCCGCGCGAGCUAGUAGAGGAUUUAUGUCACCAUUUAAACAACACCAUCGCUCGUCUUCUUCCACUCUACUUUCCUCACCUUCGCCUGCAGCGUCACCAUCACCACUAUCCGCGUGCAGCUGCUGCCUUGGUUCUAUCAUCGAGCUCUAGUUUUGCCC